CUCUUCAUUUGUCUCUUGUGUGUUCUGAUACCACUCCUUAAAAAACAGCUAUGUCAGAUGUAGAAGAAGAAUACGAAGAGCAGGUAGAAGUUGAGGAGGAGCCUGAGCCUGAGCAGCAGGAGGAGGAGGAAGCUGAGCAGGCAGAGGAAGAUGGAGUAGAGCAGCAGGAAUACCAAGAUCAAGAUGCCCAGGAGGAAGAGGAGGAGCGUCCUAAACCUAAACCCAUGGUGCCCCAACUUGCUCCUCCAAAAAUACCAGAGGGUGAGAGAGUGGAUUUUGACGACAUCCACAGAAAGCGUAUGGAGAAGGACCUGCUGGAGUUGCACACUUUGAUUGACGUACAUUUCGAGCAAAGGAAGAAAGAUGAGGAAGAACUUAUUUACCUCAAGGAACGAAUUGAACGCCGUCGUUCAGAGAGAGCUGAGAUCCAAAGGGUUAGAACAGAGAAGGAGAAGGACAGACAGAACAGGAUCGCGGAGGAACGUCACCGAAAAGAGGAAGAAGAAGCCAAGAAGAAGGCCGAUGACGAUGCCAAGAAAAAGAAAGUGCUGUCUAACAUGGGAGCUAACUUUGGAGGAUUCCUAGCCAAGGCUGAGUCAAGGAAAGGCAAACGUAUGACAGGCAAGGAGAUCAAGAAGAAGACUCUAGGUGAUAGACGGCAGCCUCUAGGCACCGAAAAUAUGAGGGAAGAUGGUCUCAGGAAACGGGCUCAAGAGAUGUGGAACUCGAUCUACCAGCUGGAAUCGGAUAAGUUCGACUUCAUGGAGCAAAUGAAACACCAGAAAUACGAGAUCAUUGUGCUACUGAACAGAAUCCAACAUGCCCAGAAAUUUAAAAAAGUUCAUGGAAAAGGGAAGGUGGGCGGUCGCUGGAAGUAAAGAGAAAAAAAUAAAGGUGAACAUAUUAUGAUAGACAAUGAGAACCAUGAAAGGAAAGCAUCAGAAGAAUUUAACUUAUAUUCUAAAAGGUCCUUUGGUAUCAGAGCCUUUGUAAAGGCAGCUUCUGAGGGGAAAAUAUACUGAUAAUAUAAAUUAAUAAUAAAAGUCCA